AUGAUAGUCUCACGCUUUAUUUUGUCCAUCACAUGUGUAUGUAGUGUGACGUUCGGCCUGGUACCCAGACCAAAUCAGCAUAUUCGCAAUGACGAAUGGCACUCGUUACAUCGUCUCACGGAUCGAUUACGACUGAGGCAACUUCCAAUUCGCCGGCAGCUUACAGUUUGCUCGAAGGCUGCCAUCCAAACUGUAUCGAUUGCGUUACUGACAAUGUGCAACGAAACCGCGGAGGUACAAUGGCCUACAGAAGCAAUGCACGAGCAAUACACUCUGAUAGUCUCACAAAAAAGGAUUGAUAUUCAAGCUUUCCAAGUUUGGGGUGCACUGCAUGCAUUGGAAACAGUUGCGCAGCUAGUGCGUCGAACGGAGGACAACCAACUAAUAAUCGAAGUGCAAACUAUUUACGAUGCCCCAAGAUUUACCCACCGUGGAUUCCUAAUCGAUACGGCACGACACUAUUUAUCUUUGGAGAGUAUACGGAACUUCUUGGACGCCAUGGCAAUGGUAAAAAUGAACGUACUUCAUUGGCAUAUCGUUGAUGAUGAGUCAUUUCCUUUUCAAUCCAUCACGUGGUCGAAUUUGUCUCGCUGUGGUGCCUACGAUUCGAAUAUAAAUGUCUAUUCGCAUGCCAUGAUACGAGAGGUAUUGCAUUAUGCACGGCAACGAGGUAUUCGUGUGAUGCCCGAGUUUGAUACACCAGGCCACAGUCAAUCGUGGGGAAAUGGAUAUCCGGAACUUCUGACUACCUGCUACUCGGACAAUCAGACAAACGGAAACCUGGGACCGAUCAAUCCGACCACGGAAUAUACUUACGCAUUUCUACUAAAACUCUUUCUUGAGUUGCGCAAUCUGUUCCCGGAUAAUUUACUUCAUUUGGGAGGAGAUGAGGUCGAUCAUCACUGUUGGGCCUCAAAUCUGGAAGUGAAACGAUUCAUGGAAGAGCACAAAUUUGGUGAGAACUACUCAGUACUACAGACCUACUACUUUGAACAAAUCAUCGACAUGUUGAAAAUGUCCGAGUUUGUUCAUCAUCCGUUCACUCCUGUGGCUUGGCAAGAGGUGUUUGAUCGAGGUUUUCGAGGUGAAAAACAGACUGUUUUCCAAGUUUGGUUACCGGGAAAUUGGAAACCAAAAGUGAAAGAAAUCACUCGAGCUGGUUAUCGUGUACUACUUUCAAGUUGUUGGUAUUUGGAUAUUAUAUCUUAUGGCAUUGACUGGCACCCGUAUUAUACUUGUGAUCCUGGUGAUUUUAACGGUACUUCAGAAGAACAGGCACGAGUGCUCGGUGGAGAGGCCGCACUCUGGGGUGAAUUCGUGGAUGACACCAAUCUGUUUAGUAGAGCUUGGCCACGAGGCAUCCCGGCCGCUGAACGACUAUGGUCCAAAGGGGAUGUCAGUAUUCCGGAGUUCAGUCGGCGAUUAGAUGAAAUCAGAUGUCAGAUGGUAAAUCGUGGAUGGAAUGCGGAACCGGCAAAUGGGCCUGCAUUUUGUCCUGUUUAA